UACAUGUUUAAUUCCCAAUUCCCAAACCUUGAUUAAUUUAUGAUUCAUUUAUUUUAGGGUUGGUUUUAAAUAUCAAUAUAUGACUAGAAAUAGUAUAUAUUGAGUGUGAUUAUUUUUACAACGAAUGUUGAAUCUUAAUCGAAUCUAGAACCCUAAUUUCAGAUAAAGGAAAUCAUCCUUUUUCUUACUAGUACUACCACACUCCAAUAUUGGCGUACUCCCAUCACAUACAAUUCCAGUAACCACAUCAUCAAAUCCGUCCAAAAAUGGAGAUUUGCAUCAGAAAAAAUAUCUCUGCAAACAUUAGAAACUAUCCAAUCAAUGGUCACCACGCCACCUCCAAAAACCCAAAAAAAAAAAAAAGUAUAAUUUCAUACGUACUAAUACUAUGAAUUCUUUCUAACUCUAGUAAAAUAUAUUGAACCAUGGUUAAGUUAAGACUACUAUAUAACUCCCAUAUCUUCUUCCCUGAAAAAUCACAACUGAAAUUACAGAAAGAAAGUAGGAGAGAGAAAAUAGAAACGAAAAACGAUGUCGAAAGUAGUUUCGAAAAAUGAGCCGAAUCUGAGGCGAGUACCAAGUCUACCAACGUCCAACACUAGCGGAAAUGCUCCUAUUCCUUUCUGUUAUUACCCUAUAGCUGCUGAUGACACUGACUCUAUCCCUGUGCCUUUCUUCAUUGAAAAUGGAAAUGGAAAUGGAGACAACUACACUGGAAGCUCAGCAAUGACACCUGAGAAAGUAAUGAAGCAGCUCUACAUUGGUGCAUUUGAAGCUGAUGAUGGAAUACGGAAGCAAUGGACUGUGAAGCGACACGACGAUGCAGUGCACCUAAUGAUGGACUUACCAGGGGUGAGGAAAGAAGACACCAAGAUUUAUGUUGAUGGAAUGACUCUAAUGAUGAAGGGUGUGAGGAAAUUGGACCCUGCAUUCAAGGAUGUCUCUCAGACUACUACUCCUAAAACUAUAACUUACAUUGCUGCGUUUGAUUUAGUUCCAAUGCAUCAAUACAAGGUUGCUGAAAUCAAUGCAGAGAUGAACAAUGGAGUGCUCAAGGUUACAGUUCCGAAGUACAAGGAUGAGGAGAGGAAGGAUGUGUUUCGCAUUCCCAUCAAUUGAUUACUGAUUACUGAUUACUGAUCAGAUUGCUCGAAUUUGGUUUCGGAUUUACAGGGUUCAUGAAGAACUGAGAACUAGUUUUUUUUGGUAAUAAUAAGUAGGAGUGAAAUGUAAUGCCAUAGGCUAUAGUAGUGUUUGUGUUUUGCUUUUGCUGCUAAGAAACUUGGGUGUUUUCACUGGUGUGCUUGCUUUUGUGGUUGUGAAUAUUGGUUUUGAAUCUUGUUUCUUUUGGUAACAAAGUUAUGAUAAGGAUUUCUUGA